CCAUCAGAAUCUAGCUGAGACUGGGGAGGGGGGGAGAAACUUCAGAAUUACGUCACAAUCUCCUCGGUUUACGCAGUAAGUGACCCUACGAACAGACCUCGGAACCAAGGCAGGGGACCUGCGCCGGCGGAGAGACCAGCGAUGACGUCAGCAUGAGCUAGAGAGAGGAGCUUUGGAAGACACGUGAUUCCGGAGAUAAUAGGAAAUCACUGAAGCUCCUUGAGCAGGAUGAUAAUAAGUUCACCAUCAGAAUUAACAAGAGAGCUACCAACCAGAAUGACAAAGGAUUGAGAAGCUCAUAUCUAACAAUGAUGGAAGAGAAAGAGGACCUUGCAGUGACCAACAAAGAGGAGGUAAAGGUGCAGCAUAAUCCACCAACACGUACUACUUUAGUUCAUAAUUCAAAUAUAAUGGAAAAAUAUGAAAAACUUGGUAAAAUUGGAGAAGGAUCUUAUGGUGUUGUAUUCAAGUGCAGAAAUAAAAGCUCCGGACAAGUUGUGGCCAUUAAAAAAUUUGUGGAAUCUGAGGAUGAUCCCAUUGUUAAGAAAAUAGCAUUAAGAGAAAUACGUUUAUUGAAGCAACUAAAGCAUGCUAACCUUGUGAACCUCAUUGAAGUGUUCCGAAGAAAGCGGAAAAUGCACUUGGUUUUUGAAUACUGUGAUCAUACACUUUUGAAUGAGCUGGAGAGAAAUCCAAAUGGAGUUGCUGACCGUAUGCUCAAAAGUGUUUUGUGGCAAACACUCCAAGCUCUCAGUUUCUGCCAUAAACAUAAUUGUAUUCACAGGGAUGUAAAACCUGAAAACAUUCUGAUAACAAAACAAGGGAUGAUCAAGAUCUGUGACUUUGGAUUUGCUCGACUUCUGAGUCCAGGAGAUGCCUAUACAGAUUAUGUUGCUACAAGGUGGUACAGAGCUCCAGAACUUCUGGUAGGAGAUACGCAAUAUGGUCCUACAGUAGAUGUGUGGGCUGUUGGCUGUGUUUUUGCUGAAUUGCUGACUGGCCGGCCCCUCUGGCCUGGAAAAUCGGAUGUGGACCAACUCUAUCUGAUCAUCAAAACUCUGGGAAAACUAAUUCCAAGGCACCAGUCCAUCUUUAAAAGCAACCAGUUUUUCCAUGGCAUAAAUCUACCGGAACCAGAAAAUAUGGAAACACUUGAGGAAAAAUUUCCUCAAACUCCUCCAGUGGCUUUGAACUUCAUGAAGAGUUGCUUGAAGAUGAAUCCAGAUGAUAGACUAAAUUGUGCACAGCUCUUAGAGAGCCCUUAUUUUGAAUCUUUUCGAGAAAGUCAAGUUAAAAGAAAAUCACGUAAUGAAGGAAAGAACAGAAGACGAUCACAAGUACCUACCCAGAAUCAGCUGUUGCCUCUCAUACCGGGAAGACACAACACCCCCACACCUGAUGGAAGAAGACAGGUCCUCCAAUUAAAAUUUGAUCAUCUUCCAAACAUUUAAGAAAACUUUCAAGUGAAAAGCAAUCUAACAUGUACAAAAUUCUCUAUGCUCUAAAGAGGAAUUCUCAGUGUUUCAAAUGCAAAUAAGCCAUGCGAAAAUUAAGAUGCCUUCUGGGCUUACUCUGA